AUGCGUCGUUUCUGCGGCUUUGCCCCGCCCCCUACCAUUGUCAUCCCCGGCGACACGGCCGUGGUCCGUUUCCUUAGCAACGGUGCCAAUGUGGAACAAGGUUUCCGUGGAUACUGGACCACAGACCCCAGUGUGUUCCCCACACUGCCCCCCCCGCCCCCCAACCCCUGGGACAACAUCACCAUCAGCUGGCCAGAGGGGUGUGGAGUCCCGGCCGUAACCCCCAGCAACGCCACCCUGAGGGUGGUGAACGGGUUGGAGGCUGUGCCCCACUCCUGGCCCUGGCAGGUGUCCAUGCAGGCCAGUCCGUUCCCUCCCAUCCCCUACAUGCACGGCUGUGGAGGCUCCCUCAUCCACCCUGAAUGGAUCCUCACUGCAGCCCACUGCUUCAUGAAGCCUCUGAACAACCCCAGUUUCUGGCGCAUGUGCCUGGGUAAACACCACAUGAACUCGUCCCUGGACGAGCGCCCCCUGGAGGUGUGCCUGGGCGUGGACGCCAUCCUCCGCCACGAGGGCUUCGUGUACGAGACGGACCGCUCUGACAUCAGCAAAGACCUGGCCCUGGUGCACCUGGCCACGCCCGCCUCCACCACCAGGGAGAUCAGCCCUGUCUGCCUGCCAGCAGGGGGCGCUGUGAUGCCCGCAGGAACACCCUGCUAUGUCACCGGCUGGGGCGACGAGAAAGGUAGCCUGUUCCCCCAGGUGUCGGCCCAGCUGAACCAGGCGUGCCUGCCUGUGGUGGACUACCCCACCUGCAGCCAGCCGGCCUACUGGUGGGACACCCUGAGACCCUCCAUGGUGUGUGCCGGAUAUGAGUCUCCAGACGAGCUCAAGUCGGCCUGCCAGGGAGACUCAGGAGGUCCGUUCGUGUGUCAGCCUGCUGGUCCUGACUCCAGCUGGGAGGUCCAUGGGAUCGUUAGUUUCGGCCCACAGGGCUGCAUCAAGGACAAGAAGCCCUCCGUGUUCACCCGAGUGUCUGCCUUCAACGAUUGGAUCCUGGACAGCAUCAAGAGGUUCACCUACGAGAAGGCACAGGAGAGCUUGUAAAACAGACUGCAGAUCCAGGUUUCUUAGUAUUAGCUUCCAGGGUUUCUAGUUCAGAGAUGGUGUGAAAAGACCUCGUGGAAUUUUCUAGGUUGAAGUGAACUGUGAAUUGUACAUUUAAGACAUGAUCUGUUUGGGUUAUUGUGUGAAUAUCAUGUAAAUUAGAUUAGAUGUUUUGAUUUUCUAGGUAACUUUCUCAAUGAUGAAGAAAAAUAUGAAGUAAAA